UUCUCUCUGAUGAUGGAAGAAGUUGAACUCUGCUUUCCACAACUCAACACCUCCUGCAGGAGACCUGAGCGUCCUCAGUCUGAGGCUCGGCUCAUUAACAUCCUGCUGUUCUUCAUCUCUGUGCUCACUGCCGCCCUCAACCUGCUCGUCAUUAUCUCCAUCUCCCACUUCAGGAAGCUGCACUCCCCCACCAACCUCCUCCUCCUCUCUCUGGCAGUCUCAGACUUCUUCGUGGGCCUCCUGAUGUUCUUCCAGAUCCUGCUCAUAGACGGCUGCUGGCCCCUGGGGGACGUUGUGUGCAUCCUGUAUUAUUUAGUGGCCUACAUCAUCACCUCCGCCUCGGUGGGAAACAUGGUGCUCAUAUCAGUCGACCGCUACGUGGCUAUCUGUACGCCGCUGCAUUACAGCCUGAGAGUGACCAAGAGCAGAGUUAAAGCGUGUGUGUUUCUGUGCUGGAGCUGCUCCGUGCUCUGUCAGACCGCCAUGCUGAAGGACAACCUGGUGCAGCCGGGCAGGCAUCACACCUGCUCCGGUCAGUGCUUGACCGUCAACCGCAACAUUGCAGAAAUCGUCGAUUUCAUUCUGACCUUUAUCGGGCCCAUCACUGUCAUCGUGGUUCUGUAUAUGAGAGUGUUUGUGGUGGCGGCGUCUCAGGCUCACGCCAUACGCUCUCGCAUUGCAGCCGUCCGGUGCUCGGUGACCGUAACCGCCAAGAAGUCUGAGAUGAAAGCAGCCAGAAACCUGGGUGUCGUCGUAGUUGCCUUCCUAGUGUGUCUUUGUCCGUUCUGCUUUAUCACCAUCACAGGACAGGACAAGGUGCUCGACACGUCCUCUGUGGUCUUUGUGAUCUCUCUGUUCUACUUUAACUCCUGUCUGAACCCACUGAUCUACGCCUUCUUGUACCCCUGGUUUAGAAAAGCUAUCAGACUCAUUGUGACUCUUCAGAUCCUGCAGCCCGACUCCUGCAAGGCCAACGUGCUGUAGAGACACUUCAUCCUAUUAUUCCAUAGUUUAUCUUUAUAAUAAAGUUACAAAUCACAUGA